AUGUCUGCUGUUACGGGCACGUUCCGGAUCGUCUCGGAGGAGGAGCAGGCUCUGCGCAGCAAGCUGGAGCGCCUCACCACCAAGGACCACGGCCCCGUCUUCGGGAGGUGCGAGAAGAUCCCCCCACACACCCUGCAGAAGGCAAAGGAUGAGCUGAACGAGACGGAGGAGCAGAGGGAGGUGGCGGUGAAGGCGCUGCGGGAGCUGGUGCGGGAGCGGGCGGGCGGCGAGGACGUGUGCCAGAAGGUGGCUGAGAAGGUGCAGGAGAAGGACGACUCCUUCUUGCUCCGCUUCAUCCGUGCCCGCAAGUUCGAUGUCCACAGGGCCUAUGACCUGCUGAAAGGCUACGUGAACUUCCGCCAGCAGUACCCCGAGCUCUUUGACAACCUGAGCCCCGAGGCCGUGCGCAGCACCAUCGAGGCCGGCUACCCCGGCAUCCUGGCCAGCAGGGACAAGUACGGACGGGUGGUGAUGCUCUUCAACAUCGAGAACUGGGAUUACGAGGAGAUCACCUUCGAUGAGAUCCUUCGUGCCUAUUGCAUUAUCUUGGAGAAGCUGCUGGAAAAUGAGGAGACCCAGAUCAAUGGGUUCUGCAUCAUYGAGAACUUCAAGGGCUUCACCAUGCAGCAGGCGUCAGGGAUCAAACCCUCYGAGCUCAAGAAGAUGGUGGACAUGCUGCAGGACUCCUUCCCAGCACGGUUCAAGGCCGUCCACUUCAUCCACCAGCCUUGGUACUUCACCACCACCUACAACGUGGUCAAACCGUUCCUGAAGAGCAAACUGCUGGAGAGGGUCUUCGUGCACGGGGAGGAGCUGGAAUCCUUCUACCAGGAGAUCGAYGCCGACAUCCUGCCAGCAGACUUUGGCGGCAACCUGCCCAAGUACGACGGCAAGGCAACGGCUGAAAAGCUCUUUGGGCCCCGCAUCGAGUCYGAGGACACGGCUCUCUAAAGCAGGAGCCUGCUGCCCUGCCCUGUACCACAGCACCAGRGGUGGCCCUCUGUCCCCAGGCCCCUCCUUCCCGUAGCAUUGGUUGAGUGACCGCUCGUGCCGAGGCGCUCCGGGCGCGUCCCUCCUGUCCCCACUCCCGGCAGGGGCUGUCCCUCCCAGGCACAGCAUCCUUUCCUCCAGAGAAAGGAGGCCACCAGCCCUCUCCCACAGCAUUUCCUGGAGAGUGUCUGCUCUGGGAAGGGAGGGCUAMAGUG